AUGGAAGGUUCUAAAGAGGAAGAGUUAAGAAAAUACUACUUUAAAUCCAAAAAUGCGGCUGCUUUCACAGGUCCUAGUAAAGUUUUUCAGGUAUUGAAUAAGAAAUACCCUGGAAAAUUUUCUUUAAACUUUAUUAAACAAUGGAUUAAUGAUCAGGAUGCUUACGCUUUGCAAAAGCAAAGACGAUAUAAAUUCAAGACAGCUCAAGUUCGUGUAUCAUCUAUUGGAGAACAAUUAGAUGUGGAUCUAUUAUCUAUGUUCAACCUAGCUGAAUAUAAUGAUGGUGUGCGGUACCUACUGUGCGCUAUAGAUAUUCUUUCAAGGAAAUUAUGGGUGGAGCCACUUAAAGAUAAGACUGCCAAAAGUGUUUUAAGUGCCAUGAAAACAAUCCUGAAAGAUAUGACUCCUUUAAAAAUUCAGAAAGUUCGUGCAGAUAAGGGAAGUGAAUUCGUGAAUAGGUGGUUUAAAAAGUUUAUGAAAGACAGCGACAUUUACUUUUUUACCACAAACAAUGCACCUAAGAGCAACUAUGUUGAAAGAGUGCAGCGUAAUUUGAAAGAAAAAUUGUAUCGAAUGAUGAGACAUAAUAGAACGUAUCGUUAUAUAGACGACCUAGAGAAUGUUGUUGCGAGUUACAAUGCCACACCCCACCGUAGUUUAAAUUUGAUAGCACCAAAUGAUGUCAACAAAGAGAAUGAAAGUGAUGUUUGGAUAGAUGCAACUGAAGUGAAGGAUAUUGCUUAA